AUGUCCAAGAACGGCAGUUUUUCGUCAGUGAAUGAAACUGUAGGUGUUGAUGAAAGUGAGAACAUUGCAAUGGAGACGGAUUUUGAUUUGGAUCGUUUGGACCUAAAUCGUAGUUACACUCUCAAAGAGUUUGAAAUGAUAAACGAACAACUCAAAUAUCGUACCUUGGAAAUCAAUGGGAUUUUCACCAAUCUCUUCGAACUCGAUAAAUUUGGCAAACUCGUUCCCAUACCACUGACACCAUUUCGCUAUAAUGUAAUUGUCACGGAGGUUACGAGUCAACUCGCAAAUUGGAACGUCUGGACUAGGCAGAAAGGCGCAGUGACCGUUGCAUUUACGCCUGAUUUUAUCCGACGCAAUCUGACUUAUGAACAACUUAAUACCUUCCAUGGCAAACCGUUCAAUCCUACGUUUGUUGUGGAGGUCGAUAACGUAGAAAAUAUCGAUAGCGAGAAAUUCAAACAGUUGGAUGUCAAGUUUAAAGAAUCUUAUUUUGACCCACUCACGUCUAUUCAGCUCGGUGGCAAUGUUUUUCGUCGUUACUGUAAUUGGAGUAAUUUGGAUGGUGACGACACUUUACCAGGUUUUACGUUGGAGGUAUCGAGAAUAGAAGAAUUAGUACCAAGAUGA